GCGCUUCGUCACGUGACAGAUCCGUGUUUGCACCUUUACUCUCCUUUAGGUUUAAGUGUUUCUCUGCCAUGUAAAUCACGGCGUUAUACUUGUACUUAAUUACUAAUGCUAAAGUUUACUGUUAUGAAUGUUACAUUAUUUUGUAUUGUAUUACUAUUUCACUUUAGCGACACUUCAGACGGUUUGUGUGAGAUCACAGUUGAUGUCAGUGAACCAGUGGGAGAGCUCAAACAUUUUUGGGGCAGCACGGGGUUCUGUCCUCCUUUGCCUCACACACAAGCAGAGCAUUAUGACCUGAGCAUCGACCAACGUCUGAAUCUUGCCUAUGUGGGCUCUGUACCUCAUGGAGGCUUACAACAAGUGCGAAUUCACUGGAUGCUGGAGCUUGUUUCUGCACAAAAACUAGGGGGGGAGGUUCACUAUAACUUCACUAAACUUGAUCAGUUGAUUGAUCUGUUAUGGACUAAUGGACUCCGACCAGGUUUUGAAUUAAUGGGUAGUGUCUCAAACUUCUUCACUGACUUUGAAGACAAAUCUCAAGUGGUUGAAUGGAGAAACCUAAUUUAUCAAAUUGCCAAGAGAUAUAUUGACAUAUAUGGCCUUGGAGUAGUCUCCCAGUGGAACUUUGAAACAUGGAACGAGCCCAAUAAUCAUGAUUUUGAUAAUGUCACAGUGUCUAUUCAAGGUUUCCUGAACUAUUAUGAUGCCUGUUCAGAGGGCCUUCAUGCUGCUAGUCCCCUUCUCAAAUUUGGGGGUCCUGGAGACUCCUGUCACACCUCUCCACACUCUCCAUACUGCUGGGCCAUGCUGCAACACUGUUAUAAUGGCACCAACUUCUUCACAGGCGAGAAAGGGGUCAGACUUGACUAUAUCGCUUUACACAAAAAGGGUGGAGGAUACUCUCUUCCCAUCCUCCAACAAGAAAUCCAGACAGUAGGAGAGAUACACAAGCGCUUCCCUAAAUUUCAAAGUCUCCCGAUCUACAACGAUGAGGCUGAUCCCCUGGUGGGCUGGUCCAGGCCUCAGGAGUGGAGGGCAGAUGUUACUUAUGCUGCAAUGGUGGUCAAGGUUAUAAAACAGCACCAAGACCUAUUGUUGUUAAAUCCAAACAACACAAUAAACUACACUCUUCUCAGUAAUGACAAUGCCUUCCUGAGUUACCACCCGCACCAGUUUACUCAGCGCACCCUUACAGCCCGCUUUCAGGUCAACAACACACAGCCACCUCACGUGCAAAUGAUCAGGAAACCGGUCCUUACUGUCAUGGGACUUCUUGCCUUACUCGGAGACACUGAGGUCCUGUCUCAAGCUUCCCCCUCAUCUGAAACAUUGGGGGUUAUAGCCAGCACCCAUAAACCUGCAGUGUCCUGGGGCUCUGACAGCUGGCAAACCUCAGUCCUGGUUUAUAACAGUGAUGACAACCAGACCUCAACCAGCGCUGAUGAUGUUACUGUGGCAAUUAAAUCAGUGCCAAAGCUAAAAGGUCUUGUGUAUUCCACAUUUUAUAUCGACAAUAAUUCCACCAACUCAUAUAAACUGUGGCAAAGCAUGGGCAGCCCAGACUUCCCCACGCCUGAAGACUUUAGGAAGCUCAGAAGAUCACAGGAGCCUGUUAUUGGUGGGCCCUGGCCAGUUCCCGGGGGAGAUACACUGGUCCUAAAAGCCAGAUUGUCUUUACCCUCUGUCCUACUCAUUCAUGUCUGUGCCCGGCCCAAAGUUGCUCCAGAUCAGGUAAAUGGAUUGCGUUUCAUUGGGAUCACUACAAGCCAGGUAUUAAUUGUUUGGUCAGACCACUGCGUGAACUCUAAAUGCAUUAAAACCUUUGAAGUGGAAUUUUCUGGUGAUGGCAGUGAAUUCAAAAGGAUCAAUGUCCAAGACACUAUUUUCACCUCAUAUGUUAAUGCUCCUGUUGACCAGGAGGUGAGUGGCCUGUACAGAGUGAGAGCCGUGGACUAUUGGGGCAGGCCUGGUCCAUAUUCACUUACAGAGAAGUACUCAGAGCACAGCUAACAAAAAAACAGAAUUUUGUCAAUUGUACAGUGUGAAUAUUUAUUUUUAUAUAAUCUUGUAUUUUAUGUUAAUAAGGUUCCUGAAUAAAUGCAAGGCAUAUCGAUAUUAGAUUCAAAAUACUUAACUAACAUUUUAAGAUUCAACUAUAAUAAUUUAGCUAAUAACAGUAAGUUUGUUGUAGCAAUCAUAUAUUUUUAUUCUGUUCUAUAUUAGCCUCAUUUAAUGUCUUUUAUUUUAUAAUCCUAAUUGCCCUAUAUGCAUUGUGUUUUUUUGAUAUUCUAAUAAAAAUGUAGUCUUUCAUAAA